AUGCGCGCCUUUGCAAUCCCAAUUGGCUACUGCUCCUCUUAUCCUUGUCUCUUCCUCCAACCCUCUUUAACCAACACCAAAACUAAACUCUCUCCUGUCCCUCCUAAAUUCGCAAACUUUAGCUCGCAAACAAAGCAUCGCCUUCUCUCUCAAUGCCGAACCACCCCUCAUUGUUCCAAUUCCGAGUCGUCCACUCUUUUGGACGACGAUGACGAUGACGAUUAUCAUGAUAAUGAUAGCGAUGAUGGGUAUUAUUCUGACGUAGGUGAGGAGGAGUCAGAAGAUAGUGUCACUACCGGGGAUGAUGUUUUUAUAGAGAUAAAGAAGCUUCAAAACAACUCGAGGAGAAUUCGAUCCAAGAUUUAUAUAAAAGCUAGCCUUGACACUGUGUGGAAAAUAUUAACUGAUUACGAGAAGUUGGCUGAUUUCAUUCCCGCUCUUGCUGUCUGCAAAUUAAUUGACAAGAAGGACAAUUUCGCUCGUCUUUAUCAGGUUGGACAGCAAAACUUGGCAUUUGGGCUAAAAUUUAGUGCAAAAGCAAUUUUGGAUUGUUAUGAGGGAGAUCUUCAGACUCUUGCUUCCAGGAAAAAGCGUGAUAUUGAAUUUAAGAUGACGGAAGGUGACUUCCAGUUUUUUGAAGGAAAGUGGUCUAUUGAACAGUCUACUAAACCCGAAACUGAAGAUUCACUUGGUCAAGAGUAUGAGACAACUCUUUCAUAUUUUGUGGAUGUAAAGCCUAAGCUAUGGUUGCCUGUUCGCCUAAUUGAAGGCAGACUGUGCAAGGAGAUAAAGUCAAACCUCACAUCCAUCCGGGAAGAAGCACAGAAAAGGAUUGGUGAUGCUCUGCAUGAUCAAUAG